GGAGGCGUGGCUUUGUUCUGCUGCAGCGGAGAAAUAUGACAUGGGGACGAGCGAGAGAGAGAGAGGGAGAGACGGGAAUUAACGGCUCGACAGAGGUCUGGACCGCAAAACGUGAGGAUGGGGAGUAAUGACUGAAAACAGAACGGGUCCUGUGCCUCCCCGGUGUCUUCCUCUCCCGCGCUGCCCUUUGAAGCCAUGGACUGAAGCUGCGUCUGCUCCCCACAGUCCCACGGACAUCAGAUGGCUUUUCAACGACCCUCAGCAGAAACACAGAAAAUGACAACGUGAAGGCUGGCGUCCACCAAGGCCACCGCUGCACCUUGGGCAGCGCACACACAUGAUCACAUGACUCUGGACAUGGACGCGGUCCUGUCAGACUUUGUUCGGUCCACGGGGGCAGAACCGGGUCUGGCAAGAGACCUGCUGGAAGGUAAGAAUUGGGACCUCGGCGCUGCUCUGAAUGAUUACGAGGAGCUCAGGCAGGUCCACACUGCCAACCUGCCGCAGGUCUUCAACGAGGGCCGCUACUACAAGCAACCAGAGACACGUGACACGCCCACCCAUGUCAGCAGGAUCGACAGGCCAUGCGCACAGAAGCAGGAGGACAAUGCACAAGAGAAGCGUCUGUCCCGCGGGAUCUCCCACGCCAGCUCCGCGAUCGUCUCGCUGGCACGGCUGCAGGUGGCCAGUGAGUGUACGAGCGAGCAGUUCCCCCUGGAGAUGCCCAUCUACACAUUCCAGCUACCAGAUCUCAGUGUGUACAGCGAGGAUUUCAGGAGCUUCAUAGAGAGAGACCUGAUCGAGCAGUCCACGAUGAUGGCCCUGGAGCAAGCCGGUCGUCUGAACUGGUGGUCCACCAUGUGCAUUAGCUGUAAGAAGCUGCUUCCUCUGGCCACCACAGGGGACGGGAACUGCCUUCUGCAUGCUGCCUCUCUAGGGAUGUGGGGCUUCCAUGACAGAGACCUGAUGCUGAGGAAAUCCCUGUAUACCAUGAUGAAGAGCGGAGCGGAGAGAGACGCUCUGAAGAGGAGGUGGAGGUGGCAGCAAACCCAACAGAACAAGGAGGUUGGAAGAUCGGGGCUGGUGUACACCGAGGACGAGUGGGAGAGGGAGUGGAACGAGCUGCUGAAGUUGGCCUCCAGCGAGCCUCGCACGCACCUCAGCAAAAACGGCCACGCGAGCGGAGGGGUGGAUAACUCCGAGGAUCCGGUCUACGAGAGUCUGGAGGAGUUCCACGUGUUUGUGCUGGCCCACGUGUUACGCAGGCCCAUCGUGGUGGUGGCGGACACGAUGCUCAGAGACUCGGGGGGAGAAGCGUUCGCUCCCAUCCCGUUUGGAGGGCUCUAUCUGCCUCUGGAGGUUCCCCCCAGCCGCUGUCACUGCUCCCCUCUGGUCCUGGCCUACGACCAAGCUCACUUCUCCGCCUUGGUGUCCAUGGAGCAGAGAGACCAGCAGCGAGAGCAAGCUGUUAUCCCCCUGACCGACUCGGAGCACAAGCUGCUGGCACUCCAUUUCGCCGUGGACCCCGGCAGGGACUGGGAGUGGGGGAGGGACGACAAUGAUAAUACCAUGCUAGCCAAUCUCAUCUUGUCUCUUGAAGCCAAACUCAACCUGCUGCACAACUACAUGAAUGUAACGUGGAUCCGAAUUCCAUCGGAAACAAGGGCUCCCCUAGCUCAGCCAGAGUCUCCCACAGCCUCUGCAGGUGAGGACGUCCAGUCUCUAGCCGAGUCCAUGGACUCUGACCGCGAGUCUGUCGGCAGCAACUCCAACGUCAACAACGGCAAGGCCAGCAAGGAGAAGGACAAAGACAAGCAGCGCAAGGACAAAGACAAGAGCCGGGCCGAUUCUGUGGCCAACAAACUAGGUAGCUUCAGCAAAACCUUGGGAAUCAAGCUGAAGAAGAACAUGGGAGGUCUGGGUGGCCUCGUGCACGGGAAAAUGAACAAAUCUAACUCUGGCUCAGGUCGCGGUGGGGAGAACGGAGGGGAAAAGACAAAGAAAAAGGAGUCGAAGACAACCAAAGGGAACAAGGAGGAGUCGGGCCAGUCGGCCAGCUCCACUUCCUCUGAGAAGACCACCAGUCCCUCCCCCACAGACCGAGACGGACCCCCCAGCUCCUCCCCGCCGGGGAGACAGGAGAGUGCCGCGCGCGAUAAGACCCUGGAAAACUGGAAAUACAGCACCGACGUCAAGCUCAGCCUCAACAUCCUGCGCGCCGCCAUGCAGGGGGAGCGCAAGUUCAUUUUUGCAGGCCUCCUGCUCACCAGCCAUCGACACCAGUUCCACGAGGAGAUGAUCAGCUUCUACCUGACCAACGCCCAGGAGCGCUUCAGUCAGGAGCAGGAGCAGAAGAGGAAGGAGGCCGAGAAGAAGCCGCCCGCCGCCACCGAGGCGGCGGGCGCCAAGAAGCCCGAGCAUGAGAGUGUCUUCCAGAGGGAGAGGUCGGACAGCUCGCCGCCGCCGCCGCCGGAGAGCUGCUCUCCAGCCCUCCCUCGCCACGGCCACGCCCACAACCACAGCUCCCAGCCGCCGCUGGCCCUCAAGAUGCAGGGCAGGACCAGUCCCAGCCCCGCAGCCCCCCUCGUCUCCGUCCCGGUCAUUCCACUCACCCCGCCAACAGCCUCGCAUCACGUCCCCCACCCAGCCCCAGCGCCUGCGCCUUACUCCUCCCCCAGCAUCGGUGCUAAGAGACCCGGCCCCGUUCCCGUGUCGGCCCACUACAGCCAUACGCCUCCCAUCCAGCGGCACAGCGUGAUUCACUUACAAGAUGUCAACAUGCAAUCCUCCAUCUUCCAGGACGACCCGUACAAACCCGUGGUGGGGACCCUAAAGACAUGCGCCACCUACCCCCAGCAGAACCGCACACUCUCGUCCCAGAGCUACAGCCCGGCGCGUCUGUCCGGGGUCCGCACUGUUAACGCCAUAGAGACCCUGUCCUACAACAUGCCCGGCGAACACAAGUCCCACACCUACACCAACGGGUUCAACGCGGGAGACAUUCAGGACUGCUUGGAGUUCGCCGACGAGGACAACUCGUCCCACACGUGGCUCAACCAAGAGAAAACCAAAGGGCGGGGCGCCGGGAGCCCCCUGUACUGCUUUCAGCAGCAGCAGCAGCAGCGCCGCUGCAAGAGGGAGAACUGCUCCUUCUACGGCAGGCCGGAGACGGACUACUACUGCUCCUACUGCUACAGGGAGGAGGUGAAGCGCAGGGAGCGGGAGAGCAAAGUGCAGAGGCCCGCGUAGCCAUCACGGCCCCUUCGUCUGCACUCGGCAUUUAGAGAAGACACCACGGCAAAACAUUUUCCUGUUUUGUUGAAGAAUGCCCUUGUGUCCCUGUCACCCCUCACUUGUUAGUAAGGAUUAACACUUUAUGAUGAGGGAAGCAGAAGUUGAAACAGUGAACAGCUUUGGCCAGAAAUUGUGCUAUUUAGUUGUUGUUUUUUUUGUCAUUGAAGUUAGUCUUUUACUUGUUUUAGAGUAAAAGUCAUCUCUCUGUGAUGUAACUUUCUGUAUGCGAGGGAAAGUUCUUUA